AUGUGUUCAAUACAUUCAUUCACGUCCAGUGAAAUUAAGAGAGCGCGAGAAGCUUUACUCCUGUGGUAUGAUAAGUGUAAACGUGAUCUACCAUGGCGUCAAAUGGCAUUAGAUCCAGAUCCAAAUAUUCGUGGUUAUGCUGUUUGGGUAUCCGAAGUUAUGCUGCAGCAGACACAAGUGAAAACUGUUAUCGACUAUUAUAAUCGAUGGAUGCAGAAAUGGCCUAAUGUCGAGGAAUUGGCAUCCGCCGCCUUAGAUGAUGUUAAUUCUAUUUGGUCUGGUCUAGGUUAUUAUUCUAGAGCUCGUCUAUUACAUGAAGGUGCAAAAAAGAUUGUUAAUGAAUGUAAUGGAAAUCUACCGCAGACAGCAGAAGCAUUGAAGUCUACACUACCUGGUGUUGGAAGAUACACAGCUGGCGCUAUAUCAAGCAUUGCAUUCAAUCAGUGUACUGCUGCUUUAG